AUGCAGAUCGGCAUCUUCCCCGCUUCAGGUGCUCUGGGCACAAGCACGUAUACCCAUCUCCUCUCCCAAGUCCCCAACGACAAAGUCACUCUCAUCAACCGCUACCCCGAAAAAGUACCCAAAAAGUACACAGAGAAGGGAACGACAGUUCGUCAGGCUUCAUACGAGUCUAGCGCCGAAGAUCUCGAGGCCGUCUUUUCCGGCGUCGACGUUCUCUUCCUCAUCUCGUAUCCGAGCCAUGUCCACGAAUACAGGACAAAGGUACACACCAAAGCUAUCGACGCGGCGGUCAAAGCAGGAGUUAGGCAUGUAUUCUACUCGUCUCUGGGGUUUGCGUCGCUUGGAAAGGAUUUUACCAAAGCGGAAGUCAUGGGGGCGCAUCUUGACAGUGAGAAGCGCUUGAAGGAACUUGCAGAGAGGAAUUCUGGAUUUACGUUUACGAGUGUUCGUGAGGGUCUUUACAGCGAGUCGUUUCCUAUCUAUACUUCUUUUCUCGACUUGAAGAAUCCGCCUUCCAAGGUUCUUAUUCCUCAUGAUGGGAGUGGACCGGGUGUUAGUUGGGUUAAGAGAGAUGAAUUGGGAGAAGGCACUGCGCGUCUAAUUGCUUCAUACGCGGAAUCGCCAUCAGACUUUGGGUAUAUCAACAAGAUUGUCACUUUGACAGGAACAAAGUCGUUUUCGUUGGCUGAGACGAUGGAGGUUCUUUCGCGCGCUGCAGGCAAGGACUUUGAGAUUCAACAGAUCAGUGUUGAAGAGUAUAUCAAUCUACCCCAGAUCAAGGAGUAUUUUGGAACGGAGGAAAAGGCGACGACGUGGGCUACAGCGUGGGAAGCGAUUCGGGCUGGAGAGACGGCUGGCGUGACGACGACGUUGAAGGAGCUUCUGGGACGAGAACCUGAGAGUUUUGAAAAGACUAUUGGCGAGUUUGUCGAAAAAUAG